AAAGUCAGCUUGUAUCUUACUGGAUUCCCCUUCCUCUGAUCUGUCCUCCUCAUAAGCAACCAAAUAACUUAUAACAGACAUGCAGUACCUGAGAAUGAAGCAACCACUGAAUAUGGGCUUUUUUCUUUUGUCCCUCCUUAUCAUCAUAAGCUCCAGUUUUGUUAAUGGAUUUAAUUUAGCUGUGGAUCAGCCUGCAGAAUACACUGGACCAGAAGGCAGCUUGUUUGGUUUCUCGGUGGAAUUCUACCUCCCAGAUGUAGAGAGUGUGAGUAUCCUGGUCGGGGCUCCAAAGGCAAACACUAGCCAGGAAAAUGUGGUGGAGGGAGGAGCUGUCUAUUAUUGUCCGUGGCAGAGAAAUAACAGCAGCUGCACAUCUAUUCCAUUUGACCUCACAGGUAGUCGGAUGCAGGAAUUAAAAAACGGUUCUGGAGAGGAAGUGGAGUAUAAGUCUAAUCAGUGGUUUGGAGCCACCUUGCGAUCACAUGACAAGUCAAUACUGGCCUGUGCACCCAGAUACAGCUGGAGAACACAAAAGGAUGAAAGGCACAAUGACCCUGUGGGCACCUGUUAUUUAUCAAUCAAUAACUUCACCAGCUUUGUGGAAUAUUCACCCUGCCGCACAGAUUUUGUGGCACCAGAAGGACAAGGGUACUGUCAGGGUGGCUUCAGUGCAGAGUUCACAAAGAAUGGAAAAGUGAUUUUGGGUGGUCCAGGCAGUUAUUUCUGGCAAGGUCAGGUGAUUACAGCAGCACAAGAUGACAUUAAGGAUUCUUACUUUUCUGAAUAUUUUAUCACGGAGAUCAGAGGACAAAUGCAGACGCGCCAGGCUGAUAUGUCUUAUGACGACAGCUAUCUGGGUUAUUCGGUUGCUGUUGGUGAAUUCAGUGGUGAUGAUACAGAAGAUUUUGUAGCUGGCGUUCCCAAAGGAAACCUGACCUAUGGAUACGUCACUAUAUUAAAUGGGACAGAUCUAAAGUCUUUGUAUAACUUCUCAGGAGAGCAGAUGGCUUCCUAUUUUGGGUAUGCUGUAGCAGCUAGUGACAUCAACAGUGAUGGCAUGGAUGAUUUAUUAAUUGGUGCUCCACUGUACAUGGAGAGGACACAUGAUGGCAGAUUGCAGGAGGUGGGCCGGGUUUAUGUGUAUCUACAAAGAUCCGGUAUGAAUUCUGAUCCCGACCUGGUCUUAACCGGGAAAGAAGAAUAUGGCCGCUUUGGAAGCUCCAUUGCUACCUUGGGAGACUUGGAUCAAGAUGGAUAUAAUGACAUUGUUAUUGGAGCACCAUUUGAAGGACCUGACCGGAGAGGAGCAGUUUAUAUUUUCAACGGCCAGUCGGGCGGGUUAAAUGCCAAAGCUUCGCAGGUGCUGCAGGGGCAAUGGGGCUCUUACAUAGCCCCUUCUUUUUUUGGAUUCAGCUCUAGAGGUGGCAAAGAUCUCGAUGGAAAUGGCUAUCCAGAUCUUAUAGUUGGUGCCUUUGGUGUUGAUAAAGCUCUAGUAUACAGGGCUCGCCCCAUAGUACACGCCAGUGCCUCUCUCUCCAUCCAACCAAGUAUGUUUUAUCCAGAAGAGAAGACCUGUUUUAUUGAGGAAACAAACAUCCAAGUGUCUUGCAUAACCCUCAGUUUUUGCCUGAAUGCUUCAGGAAAUCAUGUGCCCAAUUCUAUUGGAAUCAAAGUGGAACUGCAGCUGGAUCGUAUGAAGCAGAAAGGAGCUGUGAAGCGUGCACUGUUCUUGGAAUAUCACCAGCCAAACCUGACUCAGACUAUCUCUUUAAGCAACGGAGGAAAGGCGGAAUGCCGGGAUAUAAAGAUCUACCUCAGGCAAGAGUCUGAGUUCCGAGAUAAGCUCUCUCCAAUUUAUAUCUCUCUGAAUUUCUCUCUGGACCCACUGGCACCAACUGAUGCUCAUGGACUUCAGCCUAUCUUCAACUACCAAACCAAAAGUUAUAUUGAGCAGAAGGCUCAGAUUCAAUUAGACUGUGGUGAGGACAACAUCUGUGUGCCAGACCUGAAGCUCAGUGUAUCAAGUGAUCGUACAGUGCUACACCUGGGUGAUGUUAAUCACCUGACACUGCUGUUUCAUGCCUCCAACGAAGGAGAGGGCGGCGCCUAUGAGGCAGAGCUGUACGUCACGUUACCUAGCGAGGCCGAGUAUAGCGGUAUUGUGAGAAAUAAUCAGAACCUCUCAAUCUCAUCUUGUGCUUAUGAAUCCGAGAACGAAACCCGUCUGGUGAAAUGUGACUUGGGAAACCCAAUGAAGUCGGGUGCAAGUCUGUGGGGGGGACUGAGAUUUACAGUACCGCAUCUGAGUGAUAAAAACAAUAAUGUCCAAUUUGACUUCCAAAUUCUCAGUAAAAACGCAAACAACUCUAAGAGCGAGCUUGUACCAUUAAGCCUUCGUGUUGAAGCUUACACUGACGUUUCAUUCUUUGGGGUGUCAAAGCCAGAUACUGUUACCUUCCCAAUUGCUAAAUGGAAACCGAGCAAGGAGCCUACUAAUGAACAGGAAGUUGGCCCAGAGGUCAAACACGUUUAUGAGCUGGUGAACAAUGGACCUAGCUCCAUUAGUCAUGGGAUUGUGGAACUGAGUUGUCCAAUGAAGCUAAAUCAUGAGCAUUUGAUGUACAUCAUGAAAUAUUCUGCUCAAGGCAUGGGCAACUGCACCUCUAAGCACAUGGCCAACCACCUCAAUUUGCUGCAUUCCCCUACUAAACAGCCAACCCAGAACCCGAACUCUGCUCAUCACGUGGAGCGCAGAGAUACUUCACGGCUUUCCCCCAGCGUAUCAAAUCUCCUGAGGUGUAAUGAGCGGCAGGUGGAGUGCUUCCGUCUACGCUGUGAGGUCGGCUCACUGGAAAGAAACCAACGUGCUAUCCUUCAAGUCUACUUCCGUGUCUGGGCAGAUACAUUUUUACAAAAAGAGAACCAGGCAUUCACUAUGCAGUGUGAAGCAGCAUAUAAAAUACAGAAACUUCCCUACAAGAUCCUACCACAAGUCUAUCCACAAGGUUUACAUCCGGUCAAUACCACAGUUCAUUGGGCUAAACCAGAGAGUAGCCAUGGAGUACCUCUGUGGAUCAUUAUUUUAGCCAUUUUAAUUGGACUACUUCUACUGGCAUUACUUAUAUAUGUUCUAUACAAGCUCGGCUUCUUUAAGCGCUCCUUGCCAUAUGGGACUGCAAUGGAAAAAGCUGAACUGAAACCUCAGGCAACCUCUGAAGCCUAAACUAUCUCCAGCCUCCUCAUCCUUUGCACUGCUAAAGAAUAUUUAAAAAGAAAAAAAGCUGAACGAAAGAACAUUAAAGUUGAAUCGUUUUUGGAGGGACAGUGUAUAUCUUCACUGAUUCUCCUGCGGAAUAAGAACCAAUAUUCUUCCACCAGAAAUUAUGAGACCAUUUUCCUGACUUUCAUUUAUGGCGAUGAACUUUUGUGAAGCAAGCCUUGAGGAUUAUUUUAUUUAAAAGUUCAGGACUUUUCCUCAGGCUGCCCAUGACAAGAAACGGGAUUGAAUUAUUCCAACUCACUAUAACAAAAACAAUUUUUCAGGUGGUGUUCCAAAGCUCGUCUUUCGCAGCUCGCAUGGUUUUCAGAGGAUUUGAGAAACAAUGCGUCAGUCUUGUCUUGCGCCCUCAGCUGUAAAUCCAGCCUUCUCUGCUCCUGAAUGUACAAGGAGAUGGAGAAAAUGAUGCUGUAUGAGCAUCUGUAGCGGACAUUUUCCAAAGUUGAUGACUUAAUAUUGUCUAUUGAAUUUGAUGAGGUAUUUUUAAGCAGUGUUUCUGAAGGAAAAAUACGAUGUAAAUGUACUGUGCUUCUAGCACGUUGUGUGUGCAGUUCUAUGCAAAUUAUGUCCCAUUGUAUAAUGUUGUAAUCAGCACAAUACCAUGGGCACAUAGGUGAGACAAGCUUCUUGGACAUUAAGACAGACAAAGGGAUGCUUAUACACAAGUAUGUUUUAUCAGGAGUGCUUAACUGUUUUGUUCUGUACUUGUGCACUAGUUUUCCCCUCUGCUUGGGCGUGAGCAGGAUUAAUCUCCAGCACUAGGAAACUGCUUUAUGUAUAAUAGCCACUAAGGUGGGUGGACCUUCCUUGACCGCUCACAAAAACCUACAUCUCAAUCCAGCUGUAAACUUACAACAGUUAGUGACCAUAAAAAUCUCUUUUAGGAAGAGAUUUGUUACCAACCGUUAUGUUUACUGCUGAAAUGUGAUUUAGCCCCAGGUCUGGGUUAGAUUAGUAGAGAAACAUACGACUCCUCCGCAUUACUCAAGCAUUCAACUCUACUUUUUUUUUUUUUUUGACAGUCACCUCUUGAAACUGAGGAUAGACUGUUUUCCAUAGGAACCCAGCUUUAUCUUUAUAUUGGAGUGUUGCUUUUUGGGCACAUUCUUUAUCUAAAACACUAUUUCACAAGUAUCAUUUUGUCUGUAUUAAACCUUGAUGAGUUCCUGUGGAGUAGCAAAGAUAAAUAACUUGUAGGUGGACUGAAGACUCAGGGUGUCAUGUUCUUCACGUUGGUGCCUUCACAUGUAGUGCUCUGAGAGCAUCUAGAUUUAUUGGGUGUUGGUUUACAGGAUUCUAUAACCUGUUACCUUUUUAUGUACUAUGUACAGGGCACCAAAACAUUUCUGUAACUUGGCAGAGAAUUGUAUACCAAAGCCGCAAGCGUCUUAAGCCAUGUUACAAUUAUGGGUCUCCUACCCAACUCUGAGCACUGACUAUUGCAAAGCUAUAGUAACCACUUCAAUGCAGGGGGACCUUUUAGUUCAUUGUGGUGCUUAUUUUGUUGCCAGGUUCCCUACAUUAAGUGUUAAACACAUGGACACAAGGCUUUGCUGUUUGGCUAAUAUUUAAAAUGUGUUGCAAGUGCAAUAUAUGUGUUUUUAACUGUUUAUUAAAUAUUUUUUUACUAUAUAUUUCUUAUGAAAUGUAAUAUGUGGUCGGCUAUUCUGAAGAUCCCUUUUUCAUAUAUACAUUUAAAAAAUAUUUCCCUAAAUCAACCAAAGGGGUGACAAUGUGACCAUUAUGGGUUUUUUGAUGGUCACCAUGCCCUACAGCUAACUGUGUAAACAAUGGUAAUGUUUGUAUAUUUGCCAUUUAUGUCCUUGGUAGUCAUAUGUCUAUGCAAUAUUCUUGUAAAAAUGGGUAUAUAACAAAGUGAGUGGUAUGUAAUGAAAAGCUUUGCACUACUACUAUUGCUAUACCAAGUUUGCAUUUUAAUGUAGGGUCACUCAUCUGCUGAUGGCAACACUAGUUAUGACUAGCAAAUGCUGGCAUUGCCUUUAUUAGUCAGCGUUUGCAGUGGUAAGUCUGCAAUUGCCAUUACUUAUGCCUAAUCAGUCUACAGGGCAGAGCUGAAAUCCGUGUAAAACACAUCAGCAGAUAAAUAAUUCCUUGCUUAACCAAUCCUGUGUGCGAGAUUUUAUGAAAGUCUCAUUUGGACAUAUAUUUGUGCUAAGCCUUUAAUUGUGUGUUAUUACAAUUAAUGCUAAGAUGUUUUUAUUAUAUUUUUUUUUCCUCCCAUAUUGGGUGAUUUUUAUAAUAUAUAUAUUUUUUUUUUUUAUUCCCCCGCCCCCCUCAAACUUUUUGAGAAGGCCUAGCACACAGCAAAUAUUACUAAAUAACCAAAGAAAUUAUGUGGGAGGGUUGGCUACUGUUGUAAUAAAGAUAAAAAUGAAUCCAAAAUUGUAUAUUAUUUAUCUUCAUCAAAUGUAGUACUGUCUUUUUUUUUUUUUUUCCUCUCCAAUGUAUAUAUAUAUUUUCCACGUUGCAUUUUUGUUAUGGUAAUCAGAAACGGCAGACCUGCUGCUAUACAUCUAUGCUAUCCUGACAUCUUGCUAUUACAGCUGUUGCUGCAUCCUGAUACUGACAAGUGGAGAGUCUAUUUUAGAACAUACUUUGCUUGCGGGAUCAAUCAUGAAACUUUCCAUUUUCUGAGUCUUUUAAUUCUGAUUCUUUAAAUAAAAAAGGGUCAUUUGAUACAUUAUGUUGCUAAAUUGGUCAAUGUUUAAUUUUAUUCCACUGGAAAUAAAACCCAAUAAAAAAAAAACUGCCUAGAA